AUGAGGGCCAACCCGUCGCCACGGUUAUGGGGGGUUCUCCUAUGCUUCCUCCUAUGCUUCAACAUCGUCUUGGCGGGUGUUGCGCGGCCACUUCCACGACAGGAUGACACAAGCGAUGCUACUGCCACGACUGCCUCUCCCUCUUCGACUGGAGAUGCCGUCUCAACAUCCCCCGCUGCCUCGUCAGAUAGCACAGCGACUCCUGAGGUGGACAGCUCCUCGAUCCUGUCCUCAGUAUCUGCGACAGGGACCGGCACCGCUCCAGUCCCCACAGUGACAGGUGGUACCAACGAUCUUAAUUCCACCCUCUUUAACAUUACUAUCGCUGCGGGUGAUCUACCCUUGGAGCCACGCGUUACUCCAGGUUUCUCCGUCGCCGGUGUCAUUCUGAUAUUAACGGGCGCUGCCUACACUCUCGUCGGCAUCAAGACUCGGUGGUUGCACUGCUUCCUUUCUGCCGGCUUUCUGGCCGCCAUCGGUGUGACAGUUCUCAUCAUCUAUGUCAUGAACCCGCCAAUCUCAAACGGUGUUCAGGGUGCUUACGUUGUUGCUGCCACUGGCACAGGGCUCUUGCUUGGCGGUGCGGCCCUCGUCUUCAAGGAAGUCACGGAAUGCCUCGCGUGUUUGCUGGGCGGCUUCAGCCUGGCCAUGUGGCUCCUGACGCUGAAGGAAGGCGGCCUGCUCGGCUCAGGAGGGGCCGGCGUGACCAUUUUCAUCGCCGUCUUUGCGGCUGCCGGAUUUGCGGGCUAUUUCAGCCGAUGGACGAGGGCUCAGUUCAUGAUAACCUGCAUUUCCCUCAGCGGAGCGACGGCAGUUGUCAUCGGAAUCGACUGCUUCAGCCGUGCUGGGCUCAAGGAAUACUGGGUCUGGAUUUGGGACUUGAACGACAAUUUGUUCCCUCUUGGUGCGGAUACGUAUCCCCUUACCAGGGGAAUCAGAGUUGAGCAGGCUUGCACGAUUAUCAUCGCCUUGAUCGGCCUUGUGUCCCAGAAUAAGCUUUGGCUUAUCAUCAAGGAACGCCGGGCCAGGAAAGAAGAGGAGAGGAUCCAGGCAGAGGCCGAAAAUCAAGAACACGAGGCAAACAUAGGCAGGGAAGUUGAGAGGGCGAAUGAAGCGGAGAGAUCCCGAUGGGAGGCUGUCUAUGGCGAAGGCAAGAACCCAAUGAAGGUGCACAUGUCAGAGGAUUCCGGUGUUGGUGAUAUCUACAGCGAAAGAAAGUCUCGCAACAGUGGUACCACGACCACCGCCACGGCCACCCGCCGCUCCACGGUCGAUGAAAGGGAAGAAAUUGAAAUGGCCGAGAUCCCCAUUGCCGAGGAGGCGGGAGCUGGCAAUGCCGUCGGCGUUGCAGUCACAGAGCUCGAAGGGGAUCAACCCAGCACGCCCCCAAAGACCAAGACGGCAGCAGAAAAGGUGCUCGACAGGAACGCAGACGGUAUGGUUACCGUCCGCGUUGCAGCUGAUGACCUUGAUGCUGGAUCCCCCGCCGCGGAGACAGAAAAGGAGGAAAAGGUGUGGCUUAUCGGCGAUGAUGGAGAAGCGCGACUCGUCCCCAAGGCGUCUGCAGAAUUCAGGGCCAAGUCUUCAACACCAACGCCGAAUCUUGUGUCCCUUCCCUUUAGGGUUCCUGCCGAGGUUGGUGCAGCAGGCGACGACGAUCGAUCUGAGACACGAAGCAAUGUGAGCAGGAGAAGCUCGCUUGCCAAUCGUCUCUCUGUUGGGUCGGCCGACCUGUUCCGAAGGAUAUCGCAGCGAUCCUUGGGAAAGAAGGUGGAUACUACCGCUCGAGGAAAGGGCGAGAGCAGGGAGGAUCUGACCUCACCCGUGAAGGACGACAAUGAGUCCAUGGCGGCAACUCUGGAUCAGUCAGAUGGAUACAGUGAUGGAGCAAUCACUCCGACGGCUGAGAGACCCUUUAGCAUGGAGAUCAAGGCCGAGUUGGCCGAUGAGGAGACACCAAAGAAGGCUCUAGCAAAGAGACCAACUUCAGAAGCUACGGUCUCAACCGCCAUUCUGAAUUCACCGGCAACCGACACAAACGCAGCCAAUUUCCCAGACACGACUAAGUUUAAACCGAGCCUAGACUCAAAGGUUACAUCAGAAAAGGCAAGCGAGAAGCAAGCGGAGGAAUCAUCGCCCUCAGAGAAAUCAUCGCCUGCCGGGGAAGAGAGCAUGUCCAAGGCAGGCAAGUCGAUCGCAUCUGAGGCUGAUUCUGGUCCUCUGAGCCUGACGAAGGACCGACUUCCUCGUGGCCUCUCAAAGAUCGCUUUGACGUACCGAACGAAUGAAUGGGCGAAGCACCUGUCAAAUGCUGAGAUGCCUUCACCGGCCGAAUUGCGGAUCCCGCAAGAGCCCGAGCCAGAACUGGUUGAGGCCGCAGCCGUUGAGGAGAAAGCAGCGCCGGUGAAUGUGGAUGAGCUGAAGAAGACGGCUCUGGACGCCACUCCUCCGCCUGCCAUGCCCAGAACUGUCUCUUCGAUGUCAGCCCAGCGACCGGCGAAUCUGGCAGUCCCUGGCAGCAAUGUGCCAGUCAAGUCACCACCGCGCUCACCAAGCAACCUCGAACCAUCAACACCCCCACGGCCUCAGCUCUCACCAAGCCAGCGAGUAUCUUCGGACAUGCGACGCGCUUCUGGACGGGCCGUAUCUGCAGUUGCGGAGGAAGACGACAACAAAUCCGUCAUCAGCACAGACAGCAGGAAAGCUGCGAGGACGGCUGCGGCGGCUGCCCUCACAGGCGAAGGGGCCGGUGGGGUAUCGCCCAUGCCCUCGAACGGAAACAGCACUCCUCCGAGACCACCGAUCCCCGGUCUGGUCUCAUACGACAGCCCGCAGACUCUAAUCGGCCAACGCGAUCUGCUCAUGCGUAAGAAGAACUCGGUGCUCCGGCCAGACUCUGUCCAACCGGGCAAGGUCAGCCCACCCUCGUCGGCCUCGGUUUCUGAAGCUGGCUCCGUGCGAGGUGUUGCGCCAGCAGCCGCUUACGGAACAGUAGCCGCGCUGCCUCCACCUACCAUGCGGGACCCCUACGCCGCACGCAGCGCACCCAACAGCCGCCGGAGCUCCGGGACCGCGGCCAUCUCGGGCUCGGUACCGGUGGACGCCGACGACCUCCCACUCAGCCAGCGCAGGACGAUGAUGCGUCAGGCCAGCAUGACGUCUGUCAACAGCGGCUCGCUCGUGGGCGGGGCGAACUUCAACUCGCACCAGCCUCAGCGCACGUCCACCAUCCCCAACCAGGUGGUGCGGGACUCGCAGCUCGCCAGCUUCAGGCAGUCGGUCCAGCAGAACCUGCGCGCCACGCCCUCGGGGCUCCCAGCAGUGAACGCGAACGCGCAGCUCGGGUACGGCGGGGGGUACCACGCCAACGGCAGCAGCAGCAGCGUGCAGGCGCAGCAGGGCCCGCUGAUCAACUCGAUUUACGGGGUGCCGGGGACAUCGUCCGCGAACUCGCUGCCGCAACACGUGGUGCGGCAGAGCCACGACGCCGAGGUGCAGCGCGACAUCGAGACGCAGCGGAGCUUCAUGAUGGGUCAGCGGCAGGCUGAGGCGCAGAAGCGGCAGACGCUCAAGACGGAGCGGGAGCGCGCGGGCAGGAUGUUCGAGCAGCGCAUCCGCACCGAUCGCGACAUGUUGGAGAUGCACCGCGAGGCCAUGCGCAAGAUGCAGAGGCGUGCCAGCCAGGCGGACCAGCGGAUGCAGUAA